AUGGGGGGAAUACUUUCAAUCUUUUGCAAAAUAGGUGGUGACACUACGGUACCAGAUUUGAAUCUUGACUUUGAAACUGGUUUUGACGCCACACCAACACAGGCAGAAUUAACUCUUUAUGAACAUGUUUCUACUCUUCUUCAACCCACUGAAACGCUUUUGGAUUCUUUACGGCGCUAUGAAGGAUGUGGUGAUCUAAUAAGAAAAGCAAUAUCCAACCCAACAUCUGAUAAUGAAGAGGAAGCUUGGCAGGCUGUUCAACCCGUAGUUGCGAAAUUAAAAAAAUAUUUUGAAUAUUCAACUUCUCUAGUACUCUGUGAAGGAAAUGUUAGAAAAAAUAUUGAACAGCAUCAAGCACUCACAAAGCUAUUUGCUGAUAUACUGGACUUUGCAUUUGAGUUUGACUAUCUGAAGAUGAAAACGCCAUCAAUUCAAAAUGAUUUUUCCUAUUACAGAAGAACACUGAGUAGAGGAAAACAUACAAAUGAAACAGAUUUGAGAACGGCUAUGAUUGAAGAUGAAUUGGCGAACAGAAUUUCCUUGUUCUAUGCAUAUCCAACGCCGAUGUUGAAGAACAUUACAGAUGUAACUACACUCUUUGUCGAAAAGAACAGUUUUGGGAAAAGUGUAACUGAAUGUUUAUCGGGGUUGGCUGCUGCAUGUUAUUAUGCAGUUACAAAAAAGAGAAUUCAAAAACCAGAAAUGACUGCCUUUUGUCUAAGGGUGAUGGUUGUGUCUAUUAUUUUAUAUGAUCACAUUGACCCACAGGGAGCUUUUAAUAGACAUUCAUCUAUUAAUAUAAAAUUAUCCGUAAAGGCAAUCCAAACCUACGGCUCGGAUGAAUGUACAAAUCUGAUAUCUGCUCUACGUUUCAACACCAAACAUCUGAAUGAUGACUCUACCCCUAGAAAUAUAAAACAAUUGCUGAGCAGUCACUAA